UGCAUCCAAACCGACAAGCAAGACAAUAUGGGUCUGUGGGAAACCUGCUCUGUCCUUUUCCUUGUGAUUCUGACUGCUGAAGGCUGGCAUGAUCUGGACAACACUGAAUAUGACUGCUGGCCCAUAGUAGAACCAAACGAUUACAACAUGAUUAGCUGUGGCGGCUUAGAAAUGGCUUGGGUUCAACGUCCACCAGAAAAGGUCACGGAUGGGGAGGAGUUCAACGUUACCUACUCUGUCACUGCCUCGGAUUCCUUUUAUGAAUACGCCGUUAAAAACAAGAUUUUCCAGUUCAGCAAUGCCUCAGAGGCCAAAAGAUUCUGCCUCGAGCACGAAUGUCCCGCAAACUGGAACAACGCCAAUGAAGACAACUGCUGCGUUUACCACGCCAACAUUCACUCCUGUCCUCUUGCGCUCAUGAGAGGUGGAGGGAUUUGUGGUCCCUGGAUUCCAGAUGAUGGCGAAAUUGUAACCCACACGGUAUCCAAAGCUGGCAAGAUGAGCCAACUGCUCUGGACAUCAAAGGUGGUGCUGGUCCAUUUAGGAGUUACAUCAGUCAUUGCUCAUAUCAAAGUGGGACAGAUGCAUGCAGCACUAGAGUCCAAGGUGUUAGUAGUCAGCGCUCAAGUGUGUGGCGAUGACAUCUGUGAGCUGGAGGAGAGCUGUCUGACGUGUCCCGCUGACUGUGGGGUUUGUCCUAUGCCCACAUCCAUCAAAGUGGCCAUUGGGCUUCCUGUGGCCUUGUUCUGCAGUGGUUUCAUCUUGACGCUGGUGGUGAGAAUUGGCUGCAAUACCAAAAACAGAAAAUGUUUUGGGAUGAGAGCUGGAUCGUCAACUACAAUAAUAUCAUGUAAAGUGUGCUACACAGGUUUUUGUAGCACCACAAGUCUUCAGACUGUAAAGAGGAACUCCAGUGUGAGUAGAGUCACAGAUGUGACGGUCUGCACUGCAGUUAACACCAACUUCAAAUCACGCUUCAUUCAGGCCGGCAUCUACGAUGGAAGGACUGUAGCUGUAAAACACAUCCAGAAGAAACACUUUACUCUCACCAAAACAAUCAGAAAAGAGGUCAAAGAGGUCAGGGUGCUUGAUCACCCAAACCUCUCCAAGUUCUUAGGAGGCUGCACUGAAGUUCCUUUCAUAAGCAUUAUCACUGAAUACUGUCCAAAGGGAAGCCUGGCAGAUGUGCUGUUGAACGAGGAUGUCCCCAUCAAUUGGGGUUUUCGAUUGUCUUUUGCUACUGAUAUUGCUCGAGGAAUGGCUUACCUGCAUCAGCACAAAAUGUUCCACGGCCGUCUUCAUUCACGCAACUGUGUGAUUGAUGACCGGUGGGUCUGCAAAAUAUCAGAUUACGGGCUGAUGGCCUACAGAAAGGAGGACUUUGAGGACAUGAGCACCAAUUUCAAAUGUCAAAACGUCUAUCGCAUUUACUGCGCACCUGAAGUACUGCUGAGAAUCAGCAGUAGUUUCACAGCCGCGGCUGAUGUGUACAGCUACUCUAUUAUCUUGGUGGAAAUCGCUACUCGCAGUGACCUCAUUUCACAGGAACAGGCAGAUUCAGUGAAGCUUGAUGUCAUGUGGCGCCCAUCGCUUCCCAGACUGAAGGCUGGGAAAUCAGACAAUGAUUGCCCAGAUCCUGAUGAUUACUGUGAGCUGAUAAAGAGAUGCUGGAACCACAAUGUGACCAUGAGGCCGACGUUUGAGCAGGUGAAAAAGAUUCUCGAUAAAAUGAACCCGCACAAGGUCAGCCCUGUGGAUAUGAUGAUGAACCUGAUGGAAAAGUACAGUAAACAUUUGGAAUCCAUUGUAGCCGAGAGAACACAGGAUCUUCUUCAGGAGAAGCAGAAGACCGACCGUUUACUCUACAGCAUGUUACCAAAACCAGUGGCUGACGAUCUUCGUCAGGGACAUACAUCAGAAGCACAAAGUUACUCCAAUGCCACUGUAUAUUUCAGUGACAUAGUGGGCUUCACCCAGCUGUCCGGCUCCAGCACCCCUCACCAGGUUGUGGAUUUCCUCAACAAGCUUUACACCACAUUUGAUGACAUCAUCGACAACUACGAUGUGUACAAAGUGGAAACUAUAGGAGAUGCUUAUAUGGUGGUCUCGGGAGUACCGAAAGAGAACGGGAUCAAUCACGCUGGGGAAAUCGCCAGCAUGGCGCUGGACUUGAUCAGUGUCUGUCACACGUUUAAAAUCCCACACAAACCCACCACACAGCUGAAGAUACGAGCUGGCAUUCAUUCAGGUCCCGUAGUAGCUGGCGUGGUUGGUACAAAAAUGCCACGGUACUGCUUAUUUGGUGACACUGUAAACACAGCGUCCCGUAUGGAGUCCACCAGUGAAGCUUUAAAGAUCCAGUGCAGUGGCCCUACAGCAGAUCUUCUACACACACUUGGUGGAUAUGUGUUGAUGUGUCGUGGGUCUCUCAAUGUGAAGGGGAAAGGCGAAAUGACAACUUGGUGGCUGGAGGCAAAAAUAAGCCCCACAGACCCUUUGUUCAGUGAAGACGAACCUUUGGGUCUUCCUGUUCCUGUUAGCAGUUAACUUAUGUGCUACAGUCAUGACAGAAACCUUAACCAAGAAAUAGACAUGUUUAGCAGAUAUGCGAGCUGACUUAAGUGUAUACUAAGAUUGUUACAUUUUAAUGCUGCUAUGUUGAAAUAUUGCUGCUGUUAUUGAUUCGUGUAUUAGACAAGAUGUUGUAUAUGUUGUGUUUGGAAGAUUUAAAAAUGUCUUUGUCAUAUGAAGGGCAAAUGUGUUCGUAGAGACAACUUUUCAUUAAAUAUUUAUG